UAUAAAAGGGGCAUCCUUCCCACUCAUCAGACAAGUGCUCUCCUCGUUCUUACACACUCUUUAAACACGGCGAAGCUCUUUUUUCACGAUGACUGUAGGACUGUGUGUGUGUGUUGUGCUGGCGGUCCUGUGUUCAAGCUGUUUGGGACUCCCCUUCUCCUCCCAGCCCUUAGAGGAGGGCCAGCGCUUCAUCUCUGCUCCCUCUGAAGCCGUCCUUGAGGCUGACACCCACAGCUUGGGGGAGCCCCACCUUCGACACAGCCGCUCCAACCCCCAGCUGAAAACGCUCCCUGCCAACGACGAACACGCAGAUUCCCGCGCAAACCUCAGCGAGCUGCUCGCAAGACUCAUCUCCUCCAGGAAAGGAUCUGUGCGCAGGAACUCGAUGGUCAACAACAGAAGUGGCGGACUGACCAGCAGCCAUCGGAUAGCAGACAGGGACUACUUGGGGUGGAUGGAUUUUGGACGACGCAGCGCUGAAGAGUACGAGUACUCCUCGUAAGGAGGACUCUGGUUCUCUUGCAGCAAAACAUAAAAUAAUAAAAUAACAACUUGCAAGCUUAAAGAGUUUCAUUAAAGAGUCUAUUUAUGAUGUAUUUGUUGUAUAUUUGUUUGUAAAACUGUAAUAAUGCAAUAUUCAUUUGUAUGCCAAAUUUUACAGAAAACACUCCCACUGUAUGUUUCUCAUUUGUUCUUCUGCUUUCUUUAUGAUUUGGGGUGAAAACAUUUUUGAUCUGUUGAGACCUGGACUAAAUAAAGAUUUCAAAAAAUGA